GGCAGUUCGGGGCCUCGGGAGCGGGGUGCGGCCGGCUAAGCGAGGGCGCGGCGGGGCGGUCCGCCCCAGAGCUGCCGCGGAAACGCGACACCGAGCUGGGGAGGGGCUUCCCGGCCUUUCCCGGUCCUUAUAAACUGCCGCCCCGAGGCACCCACAGCCGCGCCCCAUUGCCUCGUUACCGGACAGACUGCCUCUGUGAGGACACCCUCCCUUCAGGUUCCAAUGGCAGCAGAGCCGCUGACAGAGCUGGAGACCGCCAUCGAGACGGUGGUCACCACCUUCUUCACCUUCGCUGGACGGGAGGGCCGCAAGGGCAGCCUCAGCAUCAACGAGUUCAAGGAGCUGGUCACUCAGCAGCUGCCGCACCUGCUCAAGGAUGUGGGUUCCUUGGAGGAGAAGAUGAAGAGCUUGGAUGUGAACCAGGACUCGGAGCUCAAGUUCCAUGAGUACUGGAGACUGAUUGGGGAGUUGGCUAAGGAGAUCCGGAAGGAGAAGGCCCAGGAGAUCCGGAAGAAGUAAAACCACAGGCGGGGAUGGGGUGGGCAGGGCAGGGAUGGGUGGGGACAGGUGGAGCCCCACUUCUCAAUAAA